AUGUCUCAAGUUGAUCCGUCAAGUGCCUCAAACGAAACAAGCGCUGCUACUGGACCUAGAAAUAGGAGGAAAAAUGCUCCUGGAAAUCGGUCUGAUAUGGGGUGGAAACAUGGGGUUGAUAUUGAGGGCAAUGCUCGAAAAGUUAAAUGCAAUUAUUGCCCAAAAAUUGUCAGUGGAGGAAUAUUCAGAUUUAAGCAUCAUCUUGCUGGAUCAAGCGAAGAUUCAGAACCUUGUGUCGGUGUGCCUGAAGAUGUUAGACUAGUUAUGCAGGAUUUUGUGGACAAUGCUAAAGCUGCAAAAGAUAAAAAAAGGAAAUUGACUCAGUAUGGAGGUGAUGUUGAGGGGGAGGGUGAGGAUGUACAAACGGAAAGCUCUCAAAGAAAAGGGAAUGGCAUUUUAAAGUUUACUACAAAUGUAAAAAAUGGUGGUGGGGUUCAAGCAACAAUGAAUCAAAUAGUAAAGAAGGACUACAAGGAGCAAGUUGAUCUACAAGUUGCAAAGUUUUUCUACACAAGUGCUAUUCCCUUCAAUGCUAUAAGAAAUCCAGAAUUUACGAAGAUGUUGGAUAUGGUUGCUAGAUAUGGGAUUGGUUAUAAGCAUCCUUCCUUUCAUGACAUUAGAGUGCCUCUCUUGAAGCGAGCAGUCAAGGAAACACAUAACAUGCUUGAUGAGUUUAAGCAGGAUUGGAAGAAAAAUGGUUGUACAAUCAUGUCGGAUGGAUGGACUGAUAUGAAAAGGCGUUCCAUUUGUAAUUUUCUGGUGAACAGCCCUAUGGGGACUGUUUUUCUAUAUUCAUUGGACACUUCUGAUAUUUCUAAAACAACAGACAAGGUUUUCAAGAUGCUAGAUGAUGUUGUGGAGCAUGUUGGAGAGGAGAAUGUAGUGCAAGUAGUCACAGAUAAUGCUGCAAAUUACAAAGCUGCUGGGCAAAAGCUUAUGGAGAAAAGAAAGAACUUGUAUUGGACUCCGUGUGCUGCUCAUUGCAUUGAUUUGAUCUUGGAGGAUUUUGAGAAGAAGCUAAAGGUGCAUGAAUCAACUAUAAAAAAAGGAAGGAAGAUCACCACAUUCAUAUACUCUAGAACAAUGCUCAUUCCCUUGUUGAAACAUUUUACUAAAGACAGAGAGUUAAUUAGGCCGGGUGCCACUCGAUUCGCCACAUCAUAUUUGACUUUGGGAUGCCUAAAUGAGCUUAAAGUUGCAUUGAUGACUAUGUUUGGCUCAGAAGAAUGGAAAGCAACCAAGGUUUCUACCUCAUCAGAUGGGAAAAAAGUGCAAAGCAUGGUUUUGGAUAGUCGUCUAUGGAAUAAUAUAACCAUAUGUCUCAAGGCUGCCAUUCCUCUUAUGUCUGUCCUUCGCUUGGUGGAUUCGGAUGAGAAGCCCGCCAUGGGUUUUUUAUAUGCUGAGAUGGAUGCGGCCAAGGAGAAGAUAAAAAGCAAUUUCAAUUCUGUCCAAAGAAGUUAUGAGCCUGUGUGGAAGAUUAUUGAUGAAAGGUGGGAAAACCAACUCCAUAAGCCAUUACAUGCAGCUGCUUAUUACCUCAAUCCCCGAUUUCACUAUGAUGAUGCUUAUGUAAAGGACCUUGAGACCAAGCAAGGGUUAUUUGCUUGUGUGGAUAGGAUGACAAGUGACCCCUUGGUGAGGCAUAAGAUUCAUAAUCAGAUUCCUUUGUUUCAGAAAUCUCAUUCUUUGUUUGGUGAUGCUAAUGCCAAGAGUAGUAGGAAGACUAUGGCUCCUGUAGAUUGGUGGAGCAUGUAUGGUGAUGGAUGCCCAGAACUGAAGAACUUUGCUAUCCGUAUUCUUAGCUUGACUUGUAGCUCUUCUGGAUGUGAGCGUAAUUGGAGUGCAUUUGAAAUGGUUCACACAAAGAGAAGGAAUCGUUUGCAUCAGCAAAGGAUGAAUGACUUGGUCUAUGUGAUGUACAACAACAAGUUAAGAUCUAGACAAGUUAGAAGAAAAGUUGUCCUUCCUUUUGAUGAUAUAGAAUCUGAUGACGAAUGGAUAACUGAAGAUAUGGAAGAGAUUGAUGAACAAUCUCUUGUUGGGGAUAAUGACAUUGUUGGUGAGAAUCAAGUCACAAAAGAGCCUACUCUUGAAGGGGACCCCGAGCAUUUGAUCUUUGAUCCUAUACUUGAUGAGCCUCUCUCAUCGGGAGCAGAAUUUGAUGAUGAUGAUCAUGAUAGUGGUGGUGAUGAAUGA